AUGGAUGCUCAGGUAAUGGUGACAAGCUUCUAAGCAAGGCCGAUUUUCCAAUAUACGACAGUGGUAAGAACGCAGGCGGGAUUUGGUCGCAGUCUUGAGGCACCUGCUGGCCGCCACGCCAGGGAAAGGCUGCGGGUCACCUCUGCUGCUACCUGUUACGCACCCAGUAUGUGGUCGAAUUCUAAUUAUUGGGCCACGGUGCUGCUAACGGCAAUGGUGUGGGGGGUGACGGCGCGGGAUGCAGGGAACACUCUUUCUGUCGCUGCCUAUCAACACACGGCGAUUUUGGACCAGCGAGGCGACUUCGUCAUGAGGUGGACGCCCGAGGAAGAGAGCCUCAGGGUGGAGAUCCAAGUGGCCACCAAGGGCUGGGCAGGGCUCGGAUUCUCGCCCAACGGGGGUAUGCGCGGGGCCGACAUCACCCUGGGUUGGAUAGACUCACACGGGGAGCUCCAUGUUCAUGAUCGUUACGCCCACGGCGAGACAACACCCGUGGUGGACCACUCACAGGACAUGUUGGUGGAGGGCGGCUACCAAAACGACACCCACACCGUGAUACGCUUCUCGCGGCCCUGGAACACCUGCGACAAGAGUCAAGACAUGAAGCUUUCGGGGGAUACGAUGAAGGUUAUCUGGGCCUUCGGUGAGGAAGAUCCGGUUGACGAGAUGGUGAUGGAGCGACACGCGCAGCGAGGAGUCAAGAGCAUCUAUCUGAAAGAGCCGGGCUUCGCGUCACCGCCCCUCACGGAGGACAUCGAGGCCUGGGACAUCCGUGCACCAAACGUGAGUCUACCUUCCCAGACAGACACAGUCUACUGGUGCAAACUCUACACGGCGCCAGAUUACGUCAACGGUGCGCACAUAAUCGGGUUCGAGCCGCUCAUCUCGAAAGACAACCUCGCCUACGUGCACCACAUCCUCCUGUACACCUGCAUCGGCUCCCCUUCCCACCUGGACAAGUGGGCGCAGCACGACGGCGUCCAGUGCUACACGUCUAACAUGCCUCCCUCGUGGUACUCAUGCAAAACAACAUACAUCGCCUGGGCGGUGGGCAGCGAAGGGGAGAUGUGGCCGGACAACGUGGGCCUCCCUAUUGGGGGAGGGAAUGACCCUAACUACUUCAUGCUGGAGGUUCAUUAUGACAACCCUCGCCUAAUGGAAGGCGUCGUGGAUGACUCUGGCCUGCGCUUGCUCUACACGAAGAAGCUGAGGCAAUACGACGCAGGCGUCUUGUCGGUGGGCCACGUGGUUCAAAAGGGCCUGGUCAUUCCUCCCGGGCAGGCCUGGAGAACCAUCGGCCACUGCGGCAGCCCAUGCCUCGAGGCGGUCCUGCCUCUUGAGGGGGUCAAGGUGAUCCAGGUCUUCCAACAUGCGCACCUCCUCGGCAGGGGACUGACCCUGAGACACAUCCGUGGCCAUAGAGAACUCCCCAUCAUUGCCCAGGAUCUAAAUUAUGACUUCAACUACCAGAUAUCCAGGAGACUAAAGAAGGAAGUGACUGUGCUGCCCGGAGACUCCUUCAUUCUUGAGUGCCUGUAUGACUCCAGUGGCAGAACAGACCCAACCUUUGGCGGCCCUGGCUCCAGGGAUGAGAUGUGCCUGGCCUUCCUGCUGUAUUACCCCAAGGUGCCCCUGACCAACUGCGAGUCACACCCCGCCCUGGGGAACAUCUACCGGCCACUCGGGGUGAAGAACAUCCAGACACUGAAUAAGUUAGUACACAACAAAAUGGAAGUAAAUGAGGAGAGGGAGAGGAAACUGGUGGAGGCACUCUUGGAGAGGGAGGAGAGGCCAGCUAUAAAGGAGUACGAUUUUGGAAUGAUCUACAAGAGUAUGGCAGUCCAUGAACCAAGCUCAUUAAGUAACAAGACCUUGUACGACAUUUUCCAUGAUAAGAAGACAUGGAGAGACAAGGGCAGGAUGCGGGCUCUGCAGAAACUAACUGAAUAUGGCUCUCAUCGCAUGAGGUGUCGUAUUAAUAGCCAAAGCCAGUUUCAUGACUAUGAGUACCCACACUUCACCUCAAUCAAAGCGCUGGACAGUGAAUGUUCAGAAGCCCACGAGUCUCAAGUCUACCAUCUCGUACCCUCAGAGGUGCCAAAGGAAGGUUCGUCCAGCCAUGCCCUGCAGCCAGCCAUCCCUCAUUCCCUCCUGCUCGGCUCUGUGUCUCUCCUGUUCGUUCUCCUCAAGUAAAGCUUAUUGGCCCCGAGGAACGACCUGCUGGAUCUUCUACUGAAUACAUGCGGUGGCUGAAGUGGUAGCGUGCUGGGCCCACAUUCACCGCGUGAUGGACGACAUGAGUUCGAAUCCCCACGCUACCACCUCGGAUUUUUCAGUCACCGCCGAGUGGCUUAAAACUACCCACAUGCUGUCCUGAAGACCACCCAUCAACCCGGACUCUAGAGGAAACCGUCCAAGAAUCAAGAACGAGUUCCGGGGGGCCAUGACGGGGUGGGACCGAGUACCAUCCAGGCCCCUCAAGCAAGCCUACGGGCGCAAUAAGCGGAGACGUAAACAAUAAAAAACAAAAAACAUUGCCCUAAUUUAGCAUGUCCCACAUUUCCCCAAUGCCUGUGGCAGAAAAUGUUUUUAGUUACA